AUGAAUAUAUCUAAUUUAGAAGUUUGUUGUUUCGCUUAUGAAAAACAAUUUGAUCAACUUAAAGCGAAAAUAGAUGCUGAUCCUCAGUGUGUAAAAGCAAAAGAUCGUGAUGGUCGUACUGUUCUUCAUUGGGCUUGUUCAAGUGGUGCAAAGGAUAUUGUUCAAUAUCUACUUGAUGUUUGUCAUAUUCGACUAGAUAUUCCUGAUGAACUUGGUUGGACACCAUUGAUGAUUGCAGUAUCGACAGGUCAUCUUGAAAUUGUUCGAAUGCUAUUACAAACAAAUAAAGUCGAUGUUGAACAAUCAAAUUCAUCCGGUGCUCGACCAUUGCAUUAUGCAUGUUCAAAAAAUUUUUAUGAAAUUGCUCAAUUGUUACUCGAACAUGAUGCUGAUGUAAAUGCAACAGAUAAAUAUAAACAAACACCAUUAGAUCGUUGUUGUUCAAAAGGAAAUAUACGAAUAGUUGAACUUUUAUUAAAACAUCCAAAAAUUGAUUUAAGUAUGCAUAAAGAAUGUGAUGGAGAUCAUUCUUUAUUUCAACAAUAA